AUGAAAAACAACGUGGUGUUAGUCACAUUAAGCGUCCUCGCGCUACUGUUUGUUUUUUACACCCUGGUUCUUUCUUCGUCUUGGAAAUUGAUUCCACGUUUAAAUCCAUAUACCAAUGUCAGUCAGACAAGAAGGCGAAAGAUUUUGCAGGGAUUUGAAAAAGAACCACCACAGCAACUGAAAAGAGAAACAAAGAAAUUGUUCACAAGGUUUGGUAUUGAGAAAUCAACCAAGCCAUCUGUUGGAACUAAGACACUUGAAAAGAGCUCUCCACGAUCUAAUCUCAUUAUAUUGAGCCCAGGUAGAGGAGGAUCGUCAUUCUUAGGGGGAGUAUUUAAUGCUAAUCCUGACAUCAUGUAUUGGUUUGAGCCACUACACACUUUAUCCCGCGACAUAUAUGAACUCCAUUUGUUCAAAGACAAAGAAAGAAGAAUCCAAUACAGCAAAACCUCUAUCAACGUAAUCAGUAGCUUCCUCAACUGCAGUUUCACUCAAAUCCCUAAAGACAUUAUAUCAGCAUUAUCUAAGAGUAUAUUUCGGAGUCGAAGUGCAUCGUUGAGCAGUGAGCAUCUGUGCCCUACAAAAGACAAAACGAAAAAAUGUCUACCCUACUCAGCGAAAUUACUUGGCGAGGUUUGUAACUCUACCAAAUAUACUGUUCUCAAGAUCUUGACCUCCCGUUUGCCGAGAUAUACACUUGAAAGUUUCCAAGGAAUUUUCCAGCAACAGCAAUACAAAAUUAAAGCUAUUCACUUAGUGCGGGAUCCUAGAGCUGUGAUUUAUUCCAUGGUUAACUCAGUGCAAUGGAUAAAUAUAUCGAGUUUUUUAAAUCAAAGAUUUCGUGACGUUGUUCAUGGAGUUUGUAGCCCCAUUGAAAAAAACAUAAAAUUUGGUUUGUUUUCUCCCCCGUCAUGGCUAAAAUCUCGCUUUCGAGUGAUACGUUACGAAGAUCUUAUUGUCGAUACAACGAACAUGGCGAUGGACCUCUACAAAUUUGCAGGGUUUGAUUGGUCUAUACGUAUUAAUAAAUGGAUUGCAACACAUCAAAGGAAACCGCGCAGCAAUAAUCAAAAGGAUCCUUAUUCACUUUAUAGAGACGCUUCACUUGUUGUGAACAAGUGGAAAAAAGCUCCCACGAGCUUAAUUACAGCAGUAGAGGAAGUCUGUGGUAAUUUGAUGGACAUGCUUGGCUACAAAAGAAUGAUUAAAUCAUACGAAAAAGUAACUAGAAGUCGUAGCUGACUUGCAAUAACCCGAACAGAACUAUCAUGAGAUUUUGGGGUUUAUUAAAACGACUACGUUGGUAUUUCGAAGUGUGCUUCUCACUUUCAUGUGAUAUAAAAACGACAGACUGAAAAUUGAAGGGAACUUCGACAAUGACUCUGAUUCUGGUCGCUCUCAGAGUGUUUAUUUACCGCAGACUGUCAAUCGGCCAGCGCAAUUUAUGUAAAAGUGUCCUUUUUUUUUUCUCCAAACCAUUUUAAAUACGAAAAUGAGUCAUAAGUGGUCGGUGGAAAUACCUCGAUAUCAUUCAGUUAGUUGGUUACCAAGCUCUCACGGCUCAACAAAGGAAAAUUAUAACUGCAGAUACAGUAAGGGACGGACUAUUAUUUUUCCGGAGGGGGAAGUAUGAGAAAUAUUCAAAAACAUUUUUUGCAGGGUCUGAAAAGACAAAAUAAAUUGUUUGAAAACGUGAUAGUGUUACGAUAUCUAAAUGCAUGCUCGAAGGCGUGGUGUUAACUCCCUUAGGUCGUGCAUAAGCUCGUGAUAUGUUAAUUAGUUGAUGGUGUAUUUAAAAGUAACUCGGUAUUCGCAUGUUACUCUCUUCCUUCAGGUUUCUGGUUUAGCUGUUGAAUAAAGACUUCAAACAGAUAGGGUGAAAAAAAAUGUUUGCAGAGAAGUCAGGAAAGAUAUUAAAAAAUUUUGUUACCAAAACUGAAAUGAAAAAAAAAUAAAGUUGCUGCAACAAAUUGAAGCGUUAGUAUAAAAAUUAACACAAUUUGGGAACU